GUCAUGAGCCAGCGCCAGUUGAGCGCCAGCAGCGACAACACUGGUGACGGAGUGAAAUCAGCUGAGUUUUAUUUUAUCUCUGCAAAAUGGCUGACGCGUCGUCGUCGGUGUGUGUGAAAAAAAUACCUGAUAAUUUAUAUGAGAUGUGCUUGACUCAUUUAGUGAACUACAUACAAAAAUCAAAGUGUGAACGGAAUGAUUUGCGAUCCCUGCCGGACAACAUCCUUAUGGAUGUUUAUUUCAAGAUGCUUCAGGAAAAGCGGCUAUGCAUCCUGGGCGCGGAGCUAUCGGAUCUGGACAAGUUCGAACGACUCCUGCGUUUCUCCGGUGCGCAGCUUCGGUUACUGCAGUGCUUCCAGGCGGUGAUUGAACACGGCUCCAAGUUGUCGGCGGAGCUGGCCAGCAGCUACCUCGCACGAUGCGAUGCCAACUCCAAAUCACACAACUGUCUCAUACAACUAGGACUUAGGCUAGGUGGUUUCCUAAACGAAGCAGGCUGGUACGCGGACGCGCAACGCGUUUUGUUGCGCUGCCGAGACCUAUGCCAGGCGCAGCCGCAGACCGCACAUUACAAGGGGCUCACACUGGAAUGCUGCCACAGACUGCUCAACACACAAUCAGCGUACUGCUGCUUCCCCGCCGCGGCGGAGACCUACGCGCUGGCGCUGCAGCUGUUGGGGUUGCCGGAGGACAUCGCCUCCAAGCUGCCCGAGGAGCCCUUCUCCAUAGCUGAGACCUUCUUCAAGGCGCUGCAGACUGAUGACGAUGACGCGGCGAGACAGGACCCGUGCUCGGCGGAGUACUGCGGCGGGCGCGGUGGGCGCGGCGGCUGCGGCGCGUGGGGGCUGUCGGUGCUGCUGGCGCGCCUGUGCAAGGAGUUCAGCGCGCUGUUCUUCGUGCGCUGCGACUACAGCGCCGCGCACGCGUGGAGCAUGCGCGCCCUGGCGCUGCUCACGCCACACACGCCCGCCAAAAUCACAAUCGAAGUAGUCCGCGCGUGCGGCAAAGCGUGCGUAGUGAAGCGACGCUUCUCCGCAGCAGGGCUUCUCGUGCGGCAGGGCGUAGCGUUAGCCAGAGCAGCGUUCGGACCGGCGCAUCCACGCUACGCAGCUGCGCUUCUCGACUACGGGUUCUAUCUGCUCAACAUCGACUCUAUAACGCACAGUGUCGCUGUAUAUGAGGAGGCGCUCAGCACGUUGCGGCGCGUGUUCGGGCGCAGCAGCCUGCACGUGGCCACGGCGCAGGAGGACCUGGCCUACGCGCUCUACGUUCUCGAGUACUCCUCUGGAAGAUUCUACAAGGCCAGGGACCACGCCGAACGCGCCAUUAGAAUCAUCGAGAACCUUGUACCGCCGGACCAUUUACUGCUCGCGUCAGCGAAGCGCGUCAAAGCACUUAUUCUAGAAGAAAUUGCACUCGACACACCCGCGGGGCAGGAUAUGAGAGAACCAAGUUUACUAGAGGAAUCGGAGUCGCUUCACAAGGCGGCACUAGAGCUCAGCAUGAUGGCGUUCGGCGAGAAGAACGUGCAGACGGCCAAGCACUACGGCAACCUCGGCCGACUGUACCAGAGCAUGCAGAAGUUUCAGGACGCAGAAAUGAUGCACCUAAAGGCGAUCGCCAUCAAAGAGGAGUUACUCGGGGCAGAAGAUUACGAGGUAGGGCUGAGCGUGGGGCACCUCGCGUCGCUGUACAACUACCACAUGAACAUGCACCGCGCCGCGGAGAAGCUCUACCUGCGCUCCAUAUCCAUUAGUCUAAAGCUGUUCGGCGAGCGGUAUUCGGGCUUAGAAUACGACUACCGCGGCCUGGUGCACGUGUUCACGCAACUCAAGCGCCACGACCGCGCGCUGCACUAUAACGCUCUGCUGCAGCACUGGCAUGAUCUCAGAGAACAGUCGAAAGCGGAGCAGCAGCCAGCAUUAGGAGAUGAGCAGAUCAUGCCGCUGGAAGAGCUUCAGGCCAAGUUCUUCAGCGACGGCAACGACUGAGGGCCCACUGCCCACCACUGGACCACCAAUGUUGGACAAGUGUGUUAUGUACUCAAGUGAACGAAAAGUGAAUGGAAAGUGAAUGUGGAGUGAAACUGUGUAGUGCAUAAUAUCAAAAGUGAAUUCAAUGUGAAUCAGAUGUUUUAUUUGAGCAGGUCAUGUUAUGAUUGUACUUUUGUUUUACUAAAAUUAUUUUCUGUAUUUUUACUAUAGUGGUGAAAUGCACUUUCUCGCACCAAACUUUAGCAAGAAUACAGGAGCUGUUAAGUCAAAAUUAAUAGCGAUCUUGAUACAAAACGAAUAAGUGAGUUUUUCAAUAGGUUUUUGAUGUACAACAUCUUUAAUCUCUACUUGAUUGCAACUUGCCAUCUCACACAAAAAUGUAUGGCCAUUAGCGGAUACCCGGUGUGUGCUACUACACUAAAAAAGAAUGUGCCUAAUGCAUUGUCUAGUGAUUUACUAAAUUAAUUUUUUCGAUGCAAUUGCCGCCAGCAGCGUAGCGCGAACUUUCGGAUGUACAAUAAGCCCACUAGGGCCAUAAGCCAAGAUGGCAGACCCUAGCCGGUGAAAUCCCGGCUUAAAGAUCUCCACCAGGGUACAAAGUUGCCCUGCGCCUGACACGGGUAAGGAGGCCAUGCCUCGAGGCCCGUACCCCCGCUUGGCCAAAGGAGGGGAAACCCUGUCAUGUUUUUAAGUUUUUUCAUGUGUGAUCACAAAUUGAAGGUUUUCCGAUUUUUCCUUUACUUGUGCUAUAAGACCUACCUACCUGCCGAAUUUCAUGAGUCUAGGUCAACAGGAAGUACCCUGUAGGUUUUCUUGACAGCUAACAAUGUGAUCCUAUAAGAGUUCCUUUUUUUCCUUUCGAGGGACGGAAGCCUAACAAAACAAGUAACCUAAAACAUGACCUGCUCAAAUAAUACUUUAGAUUGUAAUCGCAAUAAUUAAAAACUGUGGAUUACGUAAUAUAAUACAAAUAGCUUACACAAAGCGCACAUCUAAGAGUAAAUAAACUGUUGGAGUGUUGUGUGCCGUUCACAAUUCUACUGCCGUUUUGUAGGUUAGUGCUCGCUUGCAAUUGUUGACAAGUUACUCUGUAUUAAGUUUUCUGUCUUUACUCUUAAUAUUAUUAUUCCCUGUACUCCUCUUUUCUAUUUUAACAGGGUGUUAUAUUAUUCUCAAUCCAUAUUUAACAUCGUUAUAAGAGUCGCGUUGAAUGUGACGCGGAUGGGAUAUCUCGGAAGUUGAAUGUUAUACAGAAGUGUCGUCACGGAAGUUGAAUGCGGCGCGGAUGUGACGUCACGAAGGUUGAAUGUUGCGUGGGCUUGGUGUCACGGAAGUUGAAUGCGGCGCGGAUGUGACGUCACGAAGGUUGAAUGUUGCGUGGGCUUGGUGUCACGGAAGUUGAAUGCGGCGCGGAUGUGACGUCACGGAAGUUGAACGUUGCGUGAAUGUUCCGUCACGGAAGUUGAAAUGGUGCGCGGAUAUGACGUCACGGAAGUUGAAUGUUGCGUGGGCGUGUCGUCACGGAAGUUGAAUGCGGCGCGGAUGUGACGUCACGAAGGUUGAAUGUUGCGUGGGCUUGGUGUCACGGAAGUUGAAUGCGGCGCGGAUGUGACGUCACGGAAGUUGAACGUUGCGUGAAUGUUCCGUCACGGAAGUUGAAAUGGUGCGCGGAUAUGACGUCACGGAAGUUGAAUGUUGCGUGCGCGUGUCGUCACGGAAGUUGAAUGCGGCGCGGAUGUGACGUCACGGAAGUUGAACGUUGCGUGAAUAUUACGUCACGGAAGUUGAAAUGUUGCGCGGAUGUGACGUCACGGAAGUUGAAUGUUGCGUAUAUGAUCUCUGAACCUUAUAAAUCAUUACCUAAAGCUUGAUACAAAGCAACUUGAUCUUCAAAAAGCACUCGUCUUGAGCUUAUGUUCCUCAUUAUAAGUGAUUUUUCUUUAUUAUAUAUCAUUAUUAACAGCUAUAAACGAAAUAAAAACUAUGUAAAAAAUACUAGGUAUACGUGUUAUCGCUUUAAGAAUUUAUCUUUAGUGUAUUAGUUAUUAUAGUUGUAAUAAUGAUACGUGCAAUGAUUCGACUCGUGUAUGGCAGCGUGUGGCAUAUUGUGUGUAAAUAUUUAUUUUUCUCAAUCGCCUGUUUUGCCAGACCAGACCUAUAAAAGAAGAUUAAUUAUUUUAGUUAGUACUUAAAAUAUUUCCAAAUUAAAUGCAACACAAAAAUCAUCGCACAAGACACGAACAUAUUGUUACAGCUUGCAAAUUGUAAAAGUAUGGCCAGAUAUUUUGUACAACUUCAUCCGCGUGGAUUUAGGUUUUUUUUUUAAAUGCUGUGGGAGCUCUGAUUUUCCAGAUUAAUAAAUAGACUAUAAGCAUAUGCAGGAUGCAAGCUAUCUCUGUACCAAAUAGUAUAGAUGCUCAUGAGUUCAUCCACGUGGAUUUAGGUGUUUAAAAAUCCCUUAUUUUCUAGGAUAAAAAGAAGCCUAUAUUCAUCCUCAGGAUAACCUGUGUACCAAAUUUCCUUAAAAUUGGUGACAGACUGUGAUUAAAGUUUAAACUAUGAAUCAUAUGAUAUUAUUCAUGAACUCAUGAAUCAUAUGAUAUUAUUCAUAAACUCAAAAAUAUUGUAUUGUGCUCUGAUGGAAAAAUGAUGUUAUUAGUUAAUUACUAUAUACUUGGGCUGAUUUUAUUUGUCUAUGAUUUAUCCUUGUGUCUGGAUGGCGGUUAUAUGUGCGAAAGGCGUGAGAAUAAAUAAGUUUUAUGAUGA